CAUAGUAUUAAUAAUGAUUUUUUCAAAAACAAUCAUCAAUAUUCGUUUCUAUGUGAUAGUAUUGACUAUGAUUUCUUUAAAAACCGUUUUAAUAUUGAAAGUCUUCAUAUGGACCGUUCAUACUAUAAAUGGACUUUAUAUGUAUAUAACUUUUUUAUCAUGUAGAUGUCAAAUUUUUAACUUGUAGAUAUACAUAAGGCAAUAUGUUUUCUGAAUUUGGAGAUGUCCAUAAAAAAGAAAAAACUAUAUUUAUAGUUUAAAUUUAUUGAGAAUAUGGUUUCCACUUAUAUUGAAUACAUAAUGGAAUAAGAAGUAUUAAUGGUUAAUAUUUGCACUACCAGAAGUUUUUAGUAUUAAAUCAUUAAUUGAAAUAACAUAUAUAUUUAAUAUUGGAUGCAUCAAAACAUUUUAUCUUAUAUUGAAAACAUGUUAUUAAUAGAUCAUUAUUCUUUCUCUAUAUGUAUAGUUAGAGAACAUAUUUCCAAUAAAUCAUUACCUUUUACCUCUAUAUAUAGUUAAUUAGUUAGUUAUCCUGCAAAUCAAAUAACUUAAGGUAAUUAUCACAUCUAUCUAAAUACUUUUAAAUUAAAGAAUAUUAUCAUGGCCAGCUGAAUCUAUCUUCUAAAAGCAAAAUUAAAUGGUUGAUAUGGCAGCUUCUUAGGAUAAAAUCAUAAUAUGUGACAAAAUGAGUAUAUAAAUACAGCUCUAAGGUAGGGGAAGGUGUUCACCUCAAAGGAUGCACAUUUGCUGGUUGCAGCGGUUGGAAGCUAUGCCUAUGCUUAUAAUUCUGAAAUGGAGCUUUACUGGCACUCGGCUUUACCAACUACUGCCAUGCCCAAAGCUCUUUGGGAUUUAUUACAGCCGGCUGGAUGGCGGAAGGCGAUUAUUUGGCGGUAGGGAUAGCAGUUGGUGGGGCUGCAGUGUUAGUUGUGGUGCGUAUGAUAGCCAUGCAAGCCUAUUUCGACCCAGCUGCCCUUUCGAGAUUUCAUGCUUUUCUUAUUGUGGGCUUGACCUGCAGAGACUAAACGAACAUCAAAGUGCAAAGGAAAAUGGUUAUGUAGGCGUUGGCAAAGAAGUAGAAAUGGAACCAGACAUCAGUCCCAGCCUAGCUUAUGCCUCUCCUCCUGGAAGCGUGAGCGUUCAUCACUCGGAUGCUGAUGUCAAGUCUUUCUUCUUUGAAAGUGAUCUGCAUGAAGGUUCAAAAAUGAAGUUAUCAUUUCCCAAAAUAAAAAACUCGGCCAAAUUCCUACCUAGCCAAGUUUCGGAAUCCAUUCCUUUCUCAACCACCAAGUUACCGGAAAUUCUAGCCCACUUCUCUAUGAAAUCCAAAUCCUUGCAAGCAAAAGCAAUGGAAGACACACUUAAGGUGUGUGAGGCACCAGCCCUGAAUGGGGAAGACAAGUACUGUGCAACUUCAUUAGAAUCUCUUGUAGAUUUCGGAGUUUCGAAGCUAGGGAACCAGAUAAAGAUAAUUUCUCCAACCCAGGUACAGAGAGAAGAUCCACAUGUAUACACCAUUGGAAGAGGAACAAAGAUGAUUGGAGACAAGUCAGUGGAGUGCCACAAGCUUAACUAUGUUUAUGCAGUGUUCUACUGCCAUGAGGUCCAGGGCACAAGGGCUUAUAGAGUUCCACUCAAGCAGCAGCUGCAGCAGCCACGAGAAGAUGGUGAUGUUGCACUUGCUGUUUGUCACUCUGAUACAUCAGCUUGGAACCCUAAGAAUGAGGCUUUUCAGCAGCUUAAAGUGAAGCCUGGAACUGUACCUAUAUGCCAUUUCCUUAGCAGUGACACCCUUUUCUUGGUUAACAAGUGAUCAAAAAUCAAGGAGUGGGAUUUAUUAUAUAUGUUCCUUUUAAUAUAUAGUCAAAGACCUAAAAUAUAUAUUGUCUUGAAUAGUGUUUGGGUUGUGUUGAUUUCUAUAGACUAUAACUAGGAUGUCAUUUAUGUUUGAACGUUAUAUAUGUAGUUUUUUCAUAAAUCCUGUGCUAAUCAUGCAUAUAUCAUGUAUAUUUAUCUAGUUUUUGGAUUGUUUUA